GGGUUCUCGUCCGUGUCUUUUGGCGGCUGGGAGGGAGGCGGUCGGGCGGACUCACGUGACGGACGCCGGCUCGGGAUCGGCAGGCUGUACUGAAGAGGAGGAGGAGGAGGCGGUGGCGACGACCGCAGCCCGGGAGGUAGCGGCCUGGAGGAGGAGAAGGGAGACUGCCUGCUGCCCGCUGCCCUUUUGGACGAACCGCAGCGGAGGCGAACAUGGCGGAGGCUUCUGCGGCCGGGGCGGACGCGGGCGCCGCUGUCGCCGCACACCGCUUUUUCUGCCACUUUUGCAAGGGCGAGGUCAGCCCCAAACUACCGGAGUACAUAUGUCCCAGAUGUGAAUCAGGCUUUAUUGAAGAAGUGACAGAUGAUUCCAGUUUUCUAGGUGGUGGUGGUGGACGGAUAGACAACAGCUCAUCAACACACUUCGCAGAGCUUUGGGACCAUUUGGAUCACACAAUGUUUUUCCAAGAGUUUAGACCAUUUCUAAGUAGCAGUCCACUGGACCAAGACAAUAGAGCCAAUGAGAGGGGUCAUCAAACCCACACUGAUUUCUGGGGACCAAGUCGGCCUCCAAGGUUGCCAAUGACUCGGAGAUACAGGUCUCGAGGAAGUGCUCGUCCUGACAGAUCUCCAGCUAUUGAAGGAAUAAUACAACAGAUAUUUGCAGGGUUCUUUGCAAAUUCUGCAAUUCCUGGAUCUCCACACCCCUUUUCUUGGAGCGGGAUGCUGCACUCCAACCCUGGGGACUAUGCCUGGGGUCAGACAGGGCUUGAUGCCAUUGUAACCCAGCUUUUAGGACAACUGGAAAAUACAGGGCCACCCCCAGCUGACAAGGAAAAGAUCACAUCUCUUCCAACAGUGACAGUAACUCAGGAACAAGUUGACAAGGGUUUAGAAUGUCCGGUGUGCAAAGAAGAUUACACAGUUGAAGAGGAAGUCCGACAGUUACCCUGCAACCACUUCUUUCACAGCAGCUGUAUUGUGCCCUGGUUAGAACUGCACGACACCUGUCCUGUGUGUAGGAAGAGCCUAAAUGGUGAGGACUCCACUCGGCAAACCCAGAGCACUGAGGCCGCCGCAAGCAGCAGACUGAGCAGUGACAGCCAGCUCCGUGACCGAUGGACUUUCUGACACUGAGGCCGCCCCGAACCAGGGCUCUCCGCGCUAGUCCUCUUGCCAUAGGCGUAAAUUAUAUCCAAACAAAAAUAGUAGAUGGAUGCAGGAGUCACAUAAGAAACCCCAACUCAUAAUAUUAAUGCAGUGAGUGCAUUUCUUCUCUAAAACUAAAGUAGGACCUACGGAUGGAGUUGUAUGUACAACCACACGCCUCCUGUUCCUGAGCUCCAGAAUGAUAAUGUGUGUGUGAAGCAAAUUGUGUUGAUUUGCUCCUGCCUGGAUAGAAUCCAUUCCUUAAAGUCAAGCUAGGGUUCCACUGUCACGUUGUCUCGUAAUGAAAUGUCUCUGCCACCUCCUCCAACCUCGGUCCCACUGUAGUGUGUUGACAGUAAACACAGAGGAACCAGA